AUGAAUGUUGUUUGCUACUCAAAGGUCAAACAUUACAAAGGAAGAUGUGCUCAUUUUCUCUAGUCUUAUUCCUCUUGGCAUUCUCAGCUCCUUUGGUCUCCUCAGCCAAUAGUCCCAACAUUAUUCUAUUUGUUAUAGAUGAUUUGGGAUGGAAUGACACAAGCUAUCAAGGAAGUGACAUCCAGACACCAAAUAUAGACAAGCUUGCAGAAGAGGGGAUAAGAUUGAAGCAGUAUUACGUUCAGCCUCUCUGCUCUCCUUCAAGAUCAGCCUUGCUUGCUGGGAAAUAUCCUUAUCAUCUUGGACUAGCUCAUGGUGUCAUCACAAAUGGUCACCCUUAUGGACUUGGUCUUAAUGAAACAACCAUUGCUGAUCACCUCAAGAAAGGAGGAUACUCCACACAUGCUGUUGGUAAAUGGGAUCUUGGGAUGCAUAAAUGGGAGUUUACCCCAACAUAUCGUGGGUUUGAUACAUUCUAUGGCUACUAUGAUGCUGAUGAGGACUAUUACACACACAAAGUUGGAGGAUAUCUUGAUUUCAGGAACAACACUGACCCAGUGAAAGAUGAAGAUGGAACUUACAGUACCUUUCUGUUUACAAAAGCCAUUGAGGAUGCAAUCAAUGCUAAAAGUGACUCACCUUUCUUCAUAUAUGGAGCAUAUCAAUCAGUUCACAGUCCACUAGAAGCACCUGAUACUUACUUGGAAAAAUGCCACAGUCCGUAUCCUAAUAGAAAGAUAUUCUGCGGAAUGAUGCUGGCACUGGAUGAAGGCAUAUCAAACAUUACAAGUCUACUUCAGACAAAAGGUCUUCUUGAUGAUACCAUAAUCAUACUAACUACUGACAAUGGAGGACAAACAGCUCUAGGGAGCAGUAACUGGCCACUAAGAGGCAACAAGGCCACAGUAUUUGAAGGAGGAGUCCGUGGAAUAUCUUUUGUAUGGAGCACCAAACUAAGGAAGAGCAACUACGACAACAAUGCAAUGAUGCAUAUUACUGAUUGGUAUCCUACAAUCAUUGAAGGGAUUGCAGGCAUGACACUGGAUACCAAAGGAUUGGACGGUUUUAAUAUGUGGGACACAAUAAACGAUGAUACUCCAUCACCAAGAACUGAAAUACUCCACCAACUGGACCCUCCAAAAUAUGAUGAGCGUACUCAGUUCAUAGGACAGGCAGCAUUAAGGCAAGGAGACUGGAAGCUGAUAAUAGGACAACCAAACUGCUCUGAAAAACUAGGUCCACACACGGUAUACGAUCUAUGCCCCAUUGGUUGGAUCCACUUGAAUGGAACUAUAGAAGAGCCUGAAGUCAAUCCUAGCUUAACUUGGCUUUUCAACGUUAAAGAUGACCCAAAUGAGAGGAAUGAGUUAAGUGCAAGUCAUCCUGAGAUUGUAUCAAAACUAAAGGAGCUGAUUGAAGCAUAUAAUGCCACCCAUAUUGUACAAAUGGAUCCACCAAUCGACCCGAGAUCUGAUCCAAAGAAAUUUGGAAACAUUUGGACCCCUUGGCUGGACUAAGGGAUUAAUGAGAACUAUAUUUGCUGAUUUAUACAAUAAUGCUAUUGUGCUUUAAUAUUUAUACACAGGUUAUACACA